GCUUUCUGUUAAUUAUUUAGAAAAAUUAAAGUCUCCCACAUUUUCGUGAACCAUUAUGUCUGAGUUUCUGUCUUCUGGAAGAAGAGACGGUAGGAAAGCUUACGAAAUACGUGGUUUUCGCUGUGAGUUGGGUUACUUGGAACGUGCAGAUGGUUCUUGUAGAUUAGAACAAGGAAGGACUCAAGUCGUUGCUGCAGUAUAUGGUCCACUAGAAGCCAGAGGCAGGAACGAACUCCCAGACAGGACUUUUGUUGAUGUUUCUAUUCGACCUUUUCAAGGCUAUACAACUGACUAUUUGAGGCUUCGAGAACGAGAACUAAAGGAAAUUUUCGAUGCCACAAUUGCCACGGAAAUACAGCCUCGAAGCUGUGUUACUAUUGUUAUCCAGAUCAUUGAAAAUGACGGGAGCUUGAUGGCUGCCGUGAUAAAUGCCUGUAUGCUUUCUUUAUUGUCUGCAGGCAUUCCUUGCCACUGGUUAGCGGCUUCCUGUACAGUGUCUUAUCGUGGCAAAGACGGCGUUCUGUUGGACCCUACUUUGGUUGAAGAAUUGGAGGGCUAUGCUACUUCAGUCAUCUCAUACGGGUAUGAGGGCCCCCAAUCGGUCCUUUCGCAGAACUUGAUCGGUCUCCACUGUAAUGGUUUCGUUUCUUCACAAGAUAUUUAUUUCAGUUCAUUGUCUUUUUCGCAAGAGGCUUGUAGAAAGGUAUGAAAAAUUAUUAGUUAAUUAUAGAA